CUCUCUGUGCGUCGUGACGUCACACGCAGCGUGUCUCUCGGGGCGGAAACAAACAGCUAAGCGUUCGCAGAAGAACUGCGAGGUUCCGUGCGAUAUGACUUACUCCGCCAGAAUAUCGUGUCGAUCUUUGUGCUACGCUCUCUCCGAAUCUACCAUCUCGUACCAAUUACCUUGGGAGGAGUGUAAACAUCUCUGAAGUCAGGAAGUGGGAUGUGGCCCAGGUGAAAAGCGCGUUAUAUGGUCGCGAGCGUGGGCGCCGUGACUGAUGGCACGCGAUCGGUCACACACAUCAGGAUGACGCGUCGAGGGCGUGCGAUCAAUACCUGAAUUCGUGCGUGGAGGACAGUAGUUUAGAGAAAUAACGAGCCACUGCAGUGAGGUCUUUGGUGUGAGUGUCAGCUCAGCAUCAUAAUGGACUCGUCUGUGGCGCUGGGGAGGCUGGAGCUCGCGCGUCCGUUAAUGACCCGCGGCUCGUGUUUACCGGAGGGCGCGCAGAGCGCUCACCUGAACGGCUGCGUGCCGCUCUCUCAUCAGGUGGCCGGACACAAGUAUGGCGUUGAUAAAGUGGGUAUCUUGCAACAUCCUGAUGGUACGGUCCUGAAACAGCUGCAGCCUCCUCCAAGAGGACCGAGAGAGAUGCAGUUCUACAGUAUGGUGUAUGCUGAAGACCACUGCGACCCCUCUCUUGUAGACCUCAAAGCGCACCUUCCCAAGUACUAUGGCACGUGGUCCUCACCAGACGCUCCCACAGAUCUGUACCUCAAGCUGGAGGACGUGACACGCAGCUUUCAGAAGCCAUGCAUCAUGGAUGUGAAGAUUGGCCAGAAGAGUUAUGACCCCUUCGCUUCACAGGAGAAACGGGAACAGCAGAUCAGGAAAUACCCGCUGAUGGAGGAGAUUGGCUUCUUGGUUCUGGGGAUGAGGGUGUAUAAAGUUGGCUCAGACAGCUUUGACACAUAUGACCAGCAUUAUGGAAGAGGUCUUGUGAAGGACACGAUCAAGGAAGGUUUAUUCAAGUUCUUCUACAACGGCGACAUUCUCCGCAAAGACGCCAUCACUGCCAGCAUCCUCAAAGUCCAGAAGAUCCUUCAGUGGUUUGAAGGCCAGAGUCGGUUCAACUUUUAUGCAAGCUCUCUGCUCUUCGUCUACGAGGGCGUCUGCGUGCCCAAUCUCGUCUCUCAGACCCUACGGGAAAGCCCGAUCGCACCCGAGGCCUGUGAGCAGAACAACAACAUCGAUCAGAGCCUCUCCACCAUGUACUCCCUGCACAAGAAAGGCUGCGGCCGGAGCCACUACCAAGCCAAACAGGACAACGGCGUUUGGAGCUCCUCGCAGCAGCCCAACGGCAACCGCGGCUUGGCAAGACUUGAAGAGGACAGGAAGGAGAGCAAGAGCGAAGCGGGACAGGAAACAGUCAGUGACGUGGAGGUAAAGAUGAUUGACUUUGCACAUGUCUUCCCUAGUGACGUUCCCGAUCAGGGUUACAUCUACGGCCUGAAGAACCUACUGAAGGUCCUGCAUCAGAUUCUGGAGGAGUGAUGGAGCGGUUCUUGUUGAAGGUAUGAAUUGUGUAGCCACUUUCAUGUCCGUCCACCCACCUUUCUCUAAUCUGCACUACCUACACCAUCAGUGGAGUAACAUGUUUGUAAUCCUUCGUCUAACGUAUGUGCUUUAGUCUUUUAAAAAGCUUUGUACAGUUUAUGAUAUCUUACUCAGGUAAAUGAAUCUAUAAUGCUUGUGUAUUUAUCCCUACAAAAGAAAAAACACUCAUCAUAUUAUGCCUCAGAUAUUAUGUAUUAGUUCCUGUUUCCAGAGCCAUUGCAGGAUUUUUUCUUUUUAUCCUUUUAUUUUUUUUUAAAUCGAUGUAAUUGAAAAUAGGAAUUUGAGUGAGGAUGUAGGAAAAAUAUAUUUGACGUUUCUUUCGUAUAUGCUGCCAAUAAGACCCUGCCUGUUUCAGACCUGUUGAAUUGUGAAUUUUAUCUAGUUUUUUUUUUUUAAACGUGAUUUGAAAAGAAUUAAACCUUUGUAAGUGUGUUCAUGUUCUGUGAUUACUGAUGCAAUAUGACUGAAAUAACAGUGAACGUACACUCUUUAAAAAUAAAGGUGCGUCAUGAUGCCGUAGAAGAACCUUUUUGUCUAAAUGGUUCCAUAAAGAACUUUUAACAUCUGAAGAACCUUUCUGUUUCACAAAAGGUUCUUUGUGUCAAAAGAAGGUUCUUCAGAUUAUAAAAAGGUAAGGAAGAGAUGGUUCUUUAAAGAACCUUUGACUGAAUGGUUCUUCUGUGGCACCUUUUGAAGCACCUUUAUUUAUAGUGAAGUUGAGAUCAUAUAUUUUUCUCGUUGUACAGCCCUUGAGGUUUGUCUAUAUCAAAUGCCAAAGUUUCCAUUAAUGAAGUGAACUUGAAUUGUGAUUUUUAAUAUCACAAUAGUCUUUCUUCGGAAUACCAACCAAUUUACUUGGGUGUCCAGGUAUUUCGUUAAAUUGUUUGUACACGUUUAUUUGGUGACUGCAUAGGACAUGAUAGGAACUCAAAAAGACGUUUUAAUGAUGCUUAAUAUAAGAGGGGGGAAAAAACAAUACCCUCAAAUAUAAACAUUUUAAUCUCAGAAGUAGAUUUUUAUUUUGUUGUUGAUCUUUCUUUUACUUUUAACAUAAUUUGUCUUACAUAUAAAAACAUAUGAUUUGUCAGUAAUCAUUUAACUUGUGUUUUUUGCAUUUGUGGUUUACAUGUUUAUUAGCAGCUUUUUUUAACCAAGGAAUAUUCAGGGUUCCCACAGUCAUUUAAAAAUUAAUUAGAGAAUUAAAAAUUAUAGAAUUAAACAAUCUUUUUUUUUUUUUUCAUUUUAUUAUUAUUAUUAUUAUUAUUAUUUUUAUUUAUUCAUUCAUUUAUUUAGUUAUGCACACACACAAAAAAAAAAAAUCAUUGGCUAGAAAUUGCUCAUUUUGAGUGCAUUCAGUCAAAAUGUCAAAGAUGUGUCUAUUCGGCCUUCACUGGAAAAAGUCAGAAAAAGAAAGGAAAUUCAUUGUUCUUUUGUGUGGGAAACCUGUCUAUUGCAUCCUUUUUCAAAUCUCAGGCAUAGCAUUUUAAUAAAUUGGUCUUAUGCUUACAUGUAUAACAAUCAUUCAUUUUACAUCUCAAUGUGUAUUGCUGAACUCAUCAGGAAACGGUGUCCUUCUACAAGUUUCACAUGUAUCUCUUUUGUUUGUUAUUUGUGUAUUAUGUAUUAUUAGCUUGGUUGUGAUGGAUGUGAAAAGACCACAGCUAGUAUACUGCGGCUAGUGUACGAAAAACAAUGUAACGUUCUUGUUCACAUGCACCUUUAAAGUGGCACAACAUGAGAAAAGUUGCUUUCUGUUUGUACCCAUAAAGACAAAAAGUGCACGAAUAGCAUAGCUCUGUAGAAAUAUGUGUUUUUUUGGGCAAAGUUAAAAAUUGCCUUUGUGCCUAUCAAAUAAAAAAUAGUUCUUGGUGUAUUAAAGGUUUUCUGUAGACCUCAAGAACUGAAAGUGGUCUAAGCAAGCUCUGGAAUAGUGCUCUCCAUUUUAAUAUGCUUUCGUUCACAAAUAAAUGAACUGAUGUCAUGUUUACAUUCUACCUUUAUGGUUAUCUGGACAAAGACAUUGUUAUAUAGUCGUACAUGCAUAACUCAAUAAUUAAUGUCCAUUAAUCAUCUUAUUUAUGCACUGAAAGUAAGUGAAAACAUUGUGUACAUUUAUGCUCUUUGUUAAUUACUAAAAAUCUGUCAUUUAAUUUCUUUUUCUGAUUGUUUGUUUUAUAAUUGUUUUUCUUUUUUUCUUUUUUUUUUAAUAAUAGUAUAUGGCACCUAAUUGGUAACUACUGUAUGUGUGGUGCUUAAAGCACUUUAGUGAGCCUUUGGUGAGACUGGAUAUUUCUCUGUGGAAUAAAUUGAUCAAUCUUAUUUAAGGGCAUGAAACUGUUGAAUCUCAACAAACGGACAAAUGAAGUCUAAACACUCACAUCAACAUUUGUACACUGGCUAGAUCUUUUGUUUGGUGGAACGGCAGGAAUAUUUCCAUGCCAUUCAUUUUCUAAAAGAUAUCAUCUCUUUGGUGUCCUAACGCUUGCUGUUCAAUAUGCUGAAAUAUACAGGCCUGGGUUAGUCUCAAUAUACGUCCAUUUUUGAAAACCUGUCUUAAACUUUGUAUAAACUUAGGGAUUAACACAAGAAGGCAGAAUUCUGCAAAUACAAACUGCAACUCAAAUGUCAUCACAUUCAGAUGGUUUCCAAUAAAUAAUGUAUUCAAAUGUCAGCCAUGAUUUCCUGGGUAGAAUCAUAGCCCUGAACUGUUUUUAUAGUGUGCGUUUUGUUUGUUUUCAUGAAAAUUGAAUAAACUAAGUUUGUUGUAUUUGGCAAUUGUCAUCGAAAAGUCAACGAACUCGUAACCGAUUAAAGAACGCUCUGGUUUAAGCAAAUCUGAUGCUUACUGACCUGUACAGUGUGUAGUCUUUGGAGAUACAAUGUCUGUUCAACCCUGAUCUAAUAAUUGUUCUCCUAACAAAUUACCACUUUCGAAUAUAGACAUAUGAACUUAAUAUUUACUUGGAUGAUAUUGGGUGUAUAUUUGGCAAAUUUUCAUUAAUAAAAAUCUACAUUUAAUACCA